GUGCUUUGUGUGUAUUUGUAUACAGAGAAAAAACAGCUAAUACUCAAGAUCAACAACUUAACCAAAGAAAGAGAUGAGUUAAUGAAUGAAACAGAAGAACUGAACAGAUGGCUUACUGAUCAAGUUCAGCAGCAUAACUUUACAUGGAUUUACUACAACUUCAGUUUUUAUUACCUUUCAUCUGAGAUUGUAAACUGGAGUGACAGCAGACGAGACUGUGAACAGAGAGGAGCAAAUCUGCUGAUUAUAAACGACAAAGAAGAACAAGAGUUUUUGCAGAAGGCUACAGCUGGUCAUGAUUAUUGGAUUGGUCUGAGUAAAGAGGAAGGGGUGUGGAAAUGGGUUGAUGGCACCACAUUGACAUUAAGUUUCUGGAUGAAUGGAUAUCCCAGAUCUUUCAGUCAUACCUGUGCUGUAAGAUCUCCAUCAGGUUGGACUGAUGAUUCAUGUAAUGGGUAUUGGAGGCAUAGAUGGAUCUGUGAGAAGAGAAUUUUAAAGUCACUCAUCAUAUGACAAAUUUGUACAUACAAUCAAAUAUACAAAUCUGUUUUGUCAUUUUGUUUUAAUUAGUUUACCUUUAUGCAAUAAAUAACCAGUUUGAUUUAUGUUAUAUAUUACAGUAAUGUAAUAUUGCUUUUUCAAUGCUUUGUAUACUUUUAAAACUGUGGCUGAUACCAAAAUCCACAAAAAAUGUAAAUGUAAUCCACAUAACCAAACUUCUAUUAUGAGCUCUGUAUGUUUAUGUAAUUAAGGAGAUAGAUUUUGUUGACUUUUGUGUUGAAAAUUAAAAAGAAAAAAAAUGGCAGUUGUACAGUCUAGAUUUUUGUAGUGAAUGAACUGUUAUUUUUUCCCUCUCACCCUUAUGCUCACUCGUCCCAGCGCGACACCCCUAAGCUAGCCUGGCUCCGCCCUCCUACGUGCUUCCGCUUAAUUUUCAUUUCGCUUCAGCAGUACAUCUGGGACUGCUCUGUAGAGUUUCGUUUUCCAAUCAGCGAACAGAUGGGGGUGGCUAAGAACGAUGACGUUGAGGUCGUGGGUCAGUUUGAGUUGUAGUUAUGUAAUGGCAGCGGAGAAAGACGUGAGAAAAGCUAUUCGGUCCGUUGUUGCAAAACUUCCAAAUAUACAGAAGUUAAAGCCGAAGCAAGAACUAGGUUUGCUAAGUUUUGUUUGUCUGACUAUUCUGACUUGUUGUUUCCGGACGGUUUCGGUGCAUGAUAUACGUCACGACCACACGUUAGCGAUUUGCUUUGGCAGAUCCUGAGUGACUCUGGGCAGAUACAAUAGUUUUAAACUUCAACAAUGGACCCUCCUUAAUGGAAGUAACGCUUUGCAAUGGAGCGUGGCCAGACUCUCUGUACAAAUGAAAUGAAUGUACGAGAGUCAGGUUGGACCAGGCUACCCCUAAGCACCACCACAGUCACAAAUGCAUACAGCAUGCAUCUACAUGUAACUGUUAAUUGAGAGCAUUCUGAGAGACUGAUUAUACAGUAUGUGUUAUCAUCAUGUCAGUUUAUUAUAAGCAAGAAAAAACUUUAACAACAAAUGGCAUGUACAGCUGGGCAGACUGGACUGGUUUUUAGACUGGUUUAAGUUUAAUCAACAUCUAACUCAGAGCCAAAAUGCAUUUUAGGAAGGAUUGUUCCAGUGCAUCUAUAUAGCCAUUAGAGGUGGGAGGUGAUACAAGAAACACCCGAAAAUUCUCGGGCCAGCCGCAUAUGUCGAAAUUUCAGUCAAAACUGUUCUAUUUCAUUAUCUGAAAACAGGGCUUUAAGUGUAAAAUACCGAACUUGUCCUUUAACACUGUUCAGGUGUAACACUGGGGAUGGUCCUGUGUAGUAUCGCUAUUCUACCACUAGCUUCUCUGUGUAAGCAUGCUCAGAGGUGUGUGUAUAUUUACACACAUUUCUAUGUAUAACUACGCAAUAACUACGUAUUCUACGUAAAUUCCACUCUGCAUAAAACUGUUCUUAGGCACUCAUUACACACACAUCUGUUCGCACGGUUGAUAAAUAAGGCCACAGGUGCCUAUGUCGGGAAACUGAAUAACAUACUAGAAACAUGUAAAAAAAUAAAGUAUGUAUAGCCAUGUCACUCAUCUCAUUACAAUAUGCUAACUGGAUAACACUGGAUAUAACUUGUUGUAUAGUUUAAUAAAAUUAUGUAUUUUGAUUAUACAAAUCAUUAAUUACAACCUACAUAUAGCUGCUAACCAACAUAGGGAAUCUCUAUGGCUAAUUUAUAAGACAUUUUGCUGAUUCAGUACUGUAUGUUGUACCGUUUCUUGUUAAUUGAGUCUUUUGGGGUGUGUUAUGCCUAGAAUUAGCCAGGAAGGUUGAUUCUUAUAACUUCCUUAAAAGUUUGAUCAAUUGUGCAUAAUGACAUGUGCAACAAUGCAUAUAGGGUGCAGUGGGGGCUGGUCAAUAGGGGGCACUGGAGCGCCGCCCCCUUUAAAGUUGGCUAG